CACUGUCCCAUCGCUCCCUCCCACUGCCCCUCCGGCAGCCCGGCUCCAGCCCCAGCGCUGCCUGCCGGGUUUCCCUAGCAAUGGGCCGUGCCGUAUGACACAGUCUGCUGGCUUGCUCCCCGCGGCCUGCCCGGGCUGGCCGGCCUCCCGCCCGCCUCCAGCUCCCCUCCCUCCAUCCUCCGGCCUGCUCCUGCCCGCCUCCAGCUCCCCUCCCGCCAUCCUCCGGCCUGCUCCCGCCCGCCUGCGCCUCCUUCCGCCGCCGCGCUCCCUGAGGCAGCUCAUGGCCGGACCCUGCUCGGCGCGGCUGCAGGGCGACGUGGCCGCCUUCACCGCUGCCCUGCGCACCCUGGUCAACAACCCCCAGUUCAGCGAUGUGAUGUUCGUGGUGGGCCAGGAGCAGCAGAAGGUGUUUGCACACCGCUGUGUGCUGGCGUGCCGCUGUCAGGCAUUCCGUGGGAUGCUCAGCCAGGCACCAGUGGGCAGCCAGGACUCCUCCAGCAUCACACCCCAGGGCCCUUUCAUCCUGGGCAACGUGCAGCCUGAGGUUUUCCUGGCCGUCAUUGAGUUCCUCUACACCAACAGUGUCACCCUCAACAGCCACAUAGCACUGGAGGUGCUGACCUCAUCGGUGGAGUACGGCUUGCAGGACUUGUGCAAGCUCUGUGUCAAAUUCAUCAAGGACACGCUGAGUGUGGAGCAGGUCUGCGAGGCCCUGCAGGCUGCAGUGACCUACGGGCAGGUGGACCUCCAGCAGCACUGCCUGGACUUCAUCGAGGGCUGCACCGCGGCAGUGGUGCGGACACAGGGCUUCCGUGAGCUCUCUGACGUGGUGCUGGCACGGGUGCUGCGCAGUGACCGCCUGGCCGUGGAUGAGCUGGACCUGGUGCAGGCUGUGCGAGAGUGGGCACAUGUCAGCUCGGCUGUUCUGGAGCGUCCAGUGCCAGAGGUGGCUGCCCUGCCUGUGAGGGAGCUGCGUCUGCCCUUGCUGGCACCCAGUGAACUGGUGACACUGGAGAGCUACAACCAGCAGGAUCUCCUCAUCCCGGUGGAAAACAUUGCAGCAGCUUGGCGUGCCCACGCUCUGAGGAGGGACAGUGGGGUCCCCUCCCGCUUGUGUCGUCCCCGCCAGGGCACGCGGCCCCGCGACCAUCACCGUCACCUCGAGCCACACACCAAGUAGGGGUUGGGCAGAGUUUUGUCCAGCCCAGCCAGGGACUUGGCAGUAGGGCAGGGUGUGGGGCUGGGCACUGAUGCUGCUGUGACCAAGAGCAUCGGUAAGGUGCUUUGUCCCAUGUCACAGCAUCUAGGCAAGGGCAGGAUGCCUGGGUCACCCCAAAAGUGAUCCAGGGGCUGAGGGUAGGGUAGAGCUGAGCUAUGCGAUGGGUGCAAGGACACUGCAGGCUGCCCAGGCAGUGACCCAGGGCUGGUGGGGUUGCAGAGAUCCCUGCAGGGACCCAAGAUGAGCUCCCCCUUUGCCAGGGCCGUGCUGCCCUCCCCCGGCAGCAGGGCUGUGCUGCAGCAGGAGAGCGCGCCAGCACCUGCCCAGGCAGAGGCACAGGGACCCUGGGGCUUGUGGGGGUGCAGGUAGGAGGGAACAUGUGGGCAUCUCUGCACGCACCGCUGCACCAACAGGCUCCCACCUGCCAAGCCCUGCCAGCAGGCCACACACAGGACAGGCUGUCAGCCCUCCAUGUGCCACACACACUGUGUGCAGCUCCCCUUGCAC